CUCCCGCCGAGUCCUCUUAUUCGGAACCGGUUUCGCUUCCAAGUUGGAACAAGUUCAUGGGCCCAAGUAUAUAAUGGGUCUCCGUAGGACAUCCAUCCAGCAGAUCUAUCGUUGGACGUUUAUUUUUCCGCAUAUAGUUUCUGUGCAAACUACAUCAAUUCGAUCAACAUGUCUUCAGUUCAAAGCGGCGACUCGGACAUAAACUGUCUCGAACCCAAUGAUCGUGCUUCAAAUACGACUGGACUUGAAGUAAAGGUCUCUCCUGAGCCCUGUGAGGUCUUCCAGCAAGUUUUCGCGUUGUCCAUGGCCUCAAACGCUCUCUAUACCUUGAAAGGAGAUCGUGACGCUCUCCUAAACUGCUUGCAGGCCAAGCUACCCGGUAUCAUCUCAGCUAUCGGUGGCCAGUGGAAAGUAGUAUGGGGCCCGGUGAUAUGGAAAGCUCGGCCAGACGAUGCAAAUACCGGGCCUGACAAUACAUGGUUUGUCGCACAUAGCCCGAGCGUCACCUUCGAUGACGGCAGCACACGUGAGGCAUACGUAGUAGCUGUCGCUGGGACAAAUGCCAACUCGAUUUAUGGCUGGUAUGAAAACCUUGCAGUAGGCAGGGUAGUGGAUUUCACCGCAUGGGUGACAGGCGGAAUCACUCAACUUCCGGUGCCAGUGAACAGAGGAAGCAUCGUUCCGACCGGGACAUACGUAGCAUAUGGGACGGCCGCCGCUGCACACACCCUGCUUACUGAGCCUUCCCCUCCAGCCUCAGCCUCUGCGGGUCUCAAACUCCAUGAAUACCUGACUAAUAUACUUGCGCCAGAUUCAACGAGAGUGGUGUUCACGGGACACAGUCUCGGCGGGACCCUGUCUCCUACGUUAGCGCUUGCGCUUGCCGGAUCGGGUGCCCUGAAAGGCGAGGGGCUCGUGUAUGCCACCGGGGGAUCGAGCCCCGGCAAUAGGAGCUUCGCGAAUCUCUUUGCACAAACUUUCCCGGCGUCCAAGAGCACAUGCCCUGACACUGGGUAUGCAGUCUGGAACAAAAAUAUCAUCAACUCUCGGGAUAUCAUACCACAGGCGUGGUGCACGAAGCGAAUACUCUCACCUGCGCAGAACGUGAACAACAUACCGUCCAUAUACGGUGUUCCAACUAUACGAUUCAUCGAAUUGGUCGUGUUUUGGUUCAAAGCCAAUGUCAAUAAAUCACACAUCGUGUACGCCCCACUCCCAAGCCACAUCCUGUUGGGCGUAAAGCCUGAAGAGGCCCCUGGAAACGUGGCUGAAUUUCUGAGUGUCGCAUUGGCGAAUCACAAUACAUUUUAUAGCGAUGUGUUUGGCGUGCAGUUGCCAGAUAUAGAGUGCGAAGAGCUCACAAAGAAGACGGAGGAGGAGAUAUUACUUGAAUAUCCUGUCAUUGGAGACAUCGAGUGGGGAAAGGAACACCCUGGUGAAGUGGAGGCUGCAGUGGCUGCCCUGCAGGCAAGCGGCGUACUCGACGACAAUGAGGAGUGAAGGGUUCAGGUAUUCGAAUGGGCCUAGGAGCGAACACACGAUACGCAGUCACAACUACAAGGCUCGUUCAAGACGUCCACAGUAGACUCAUACAGCAACUUCAGAGCGCUGUGAAAGCCUUCCAAACGUGCUUGCGUGAGUGCAGAACUAGUCUAUAGGAUUAAGAUCACAUCCAUGCCAGGAGGCAGGGUCUCUGUGAAAUAGCGAGUAGCUAUAGAUGAGGCAUUUCACAACUCGAUCAAAACCUCACGCAGCAGCGUAGCCCUAGUAGUGAAUUAUUGGCGUCCUAGCGGUCAGCAGAGCCAUGGACAUUCAGAUAGCAAAUAUCUGGCUAGCGUUCGGAUUUAGCGAGCUGACAGUCAGAGAGGUCAUUCGCUGUGGACGGUGUUGGAC